CAAAGAAAUAUUGCAUUGAGUUGUCAAGACUAACUCUUCCAUCAUGUACAUAUUUAGCUUAAUGUUGCAGUACGGCUUUUUACAGAGCACAUUCAGUCUCCCAUAUGGCGGGUACUGUGUGAAGCCGCAAAACAUCAGCAGCAUAAUUUUAAAUUCAGACAGCGCAAACGCAAGCAUGUUCUGCGUAAUUGGAAAAUACUCCACUGUGAUAAACUGGCUCGAUCACAGCAGCAGCAUGGUGGCCAAACAGUGCACAACACAAGAUACAUUCACGCACGACCUUGCAGUCGAGGUGUACACGAGGGCGUCUCCACUCAUGCGAUUUGUUUGAGGAAAAACAAUAUUAGCGUCCAGUUAGUCAUACGGAUUGCACGGACUUGGACGGAGGGUGUGGUGUGCUGGGGUGUCUGAUCAAUUCAAGCCCUUUCUCAAAAUAAUUGUG